AUGACGGGGGACGUUGUCCCAGCUGCUCCCAUCUCAACCGUUGUGGAGUCCGUGGAUCUGGAGUGUCCCAUCUGCUACCAGGAGUACAACCAGCACAACAAGUGCCCCCGGAUGCUGGAGUGCCUCCAUGUUUUCUGCUCAGARUGCCUCCAGAGGAUCCAGCUCAGCCCCUGUGACCCUGCAGACACACGCAGCCAGUUGGCCCUCCCCUGUCCACUUUGUCGCCAUUUAACCCCGUUGGAAAGGGGCGAUACCCUUGCCUUACCCUUCAAUUCCCGCAUCCUGUCCAGGCUGCCCCUGAGGGCCCUGCGGACGCCCCCCACCGCGGCCUCCUUGGCUUCCCACAUGGCCACGGUCACCCAGAGGGUGGUGCUAUCCCUGGAGCGGGGCGGCAGCAGCAGGGACAACCAGCUCAUCCUCCUGCCCACCGUCAGCCUGCAGGUGCAGCAGAUGCACCCGGGUCGGCAGUACGGGCCAGCGCCGGGCCUGGUGGGCGAGGAGGAGGUCAUCCAACAGAGCAAGAGGACACUGAUGUGCGUGCAGCUGCUGGCCGCCAUCUUCUGGGUGCUGUUCGUCAUCACCUGCGUGGUCACCGUGGUGUUCGGACCACAGCUCUUCAAAUGGAAGUCCUGA